AUGGCGCCACCCGGAAUCGAACCGGGGCUAACACAGAUUCGAAACAACCACAAUGUGUCCCUAAAAUCGAAGGAUGUAAAAAAAGUAAUGGCGCCACCCGGAAUCGAACCGGGGCUAACACAGAUUAAAACAACCACAAUGUGUCGUCAUACCACUAGACCAUGGCACCUCUUAGAUAUAAGAGUGAGCUAG